AUGGACGUAAAAAGGCGUACUGCGCGCCUGUCAUAUGGAAAUCCUAGCGAGAGCGUCGAAAACGGAAUGGUGUGCGACCAAAAGACCGAGCGACCGACCACUACCUGUGCCUUUUUUUUGUCAAAGGUCCGAGCGCGGGUCGGGGCAGUGCGCGAGAGCACGUCGGUGGUAAAUUGGGAACGAACAACUGAUGUGAUGUACCUCAAAAUGUAUAUAAAGUCGGAGAGGUUCUACCAGCAGCCAGAUAACCAACCUUUGAAGGAAGAAAGGUGCUUUUCCGAUUAUGAGGAGGAAUUAGACGAACGUGAGUAUCUAGCAUGA